AUGUCAUCUCGUCGUUUAUCUCGCAGUCAAAAUGUAAUUCCAAAACACUAUGAUGUUCAUUUAACAACUGAUCUUGAUUCUGGUCAAUUUUGUGGUUCAGUUAAAAUAGACUUAAUUGUUAAACAACAUAAUCAAACAAGCAUAAAACUUGAUGCAUCUCAUUUAUUAAUUGAAUUGUCGUCUAUUUCCGUAAUAAUAAUAUCAUCAUCAAUACAAAUAGAUUGUACUGUUGAAGUAAAUGAAUCAAAUGAAACUCUUGAGAUACGUCUUACGAAUGAACAAACAUUUUCUUUUGAUAUACCAUAUCGUUUAAUAAUCAAUUCUUUUUCCGGUCAUGUAACAACACAAAAUCAUAUUGGUUUUUAUCGUUCAACUGUUGAUAUAUUAUCAUACAAUGAUAAUAAUUCAAAUGAAAUGUCCAUUGUAAAAAAACAUUAUGGCAUAACACAAAUGUCACCAACACAUUGUCGUCGUGUAUUUCCAUGUUUUGAUGAACCAUCAUUACGUGCUACAUUCGAUUUAACACUCGAUAUACCACGACAUAUGCAAGCAUUAUCAAACAUGCCACAACUUUAUGCACAAGAUAAUUUAUUAAAUAGUGGCACAAAACGAAUACGUUUUCAACAAACUCCGUCAAUGCCAACAUUUCUUCUAUGUUUUGUUAUUGGCGAAUUCGAUAUGAUUCAAGCGGAACCUGUUGAAAGAUUGAAAAAAGAUAGUGGAUUAUCUCCUAUCGAACUUACAGCUUACACAUUACCUGGUAGAAAACAUGAAGCUACAUUUGCAUUGAAUUGUGCACAUAAAGCUCUACAUUACUAUGCUGAUUUGUUUCAAAUCGAUUAUCCAAUGUCAAAACUUGAUCUCGUUGCUGUGCCUGAUCUUUUUUAUCCAGCGAUGGAAGAUUGGGCACUUAUUCUGUUUAAGGAAGAAGAAAUGUUAAUAAAUGAAGAUCAUGCUGUUAGUGUACAAUAUAGAAAUGUUUGUCAAUCAGUAACACAUGAAAUAGCACAUCAAUGGUUUGGCAAUUUAGUCAGUAUUCAUUGGUGGAAUGAUGUAUAUGUUGUAGAAGGUUUCGCCAAAUGGUUUGAAUACUUAGCAACAGAUUAUAUAGUCCCUGAAUAUAAUGUAUUCUCAGAAUUUUUCUCUACACAAUUUGUACGCUACUUUGAUUAUUGUAUUAAUAUUCUUCAUAGUGAAGCAGACGAUAUAGAUGAAAAAGAUUUUUCAUUUGAAGGCUUUAUUUAUUCAAAAGGAUCAUGUUUAAUGCGUAUGUUACAUUUAUUUGUUGGACAAAAUCAUUUUCUUGAUUCAACUCGACUAUUCUUAAAUCGAUAUUCAUAUCGUACUGCAACUGCAAUUGAUUUUUGGGCAUGUGUUGAAGAAAUAACAAAUUUACCAAUAAAAAAAUUAGUGCAUAGUUGGUGUUCGAAAAAAAGUUACCCUGUUGUACAAGUUAAAAUGAUCGGUUAUGAUGAAACAACAGGAAUCUAUGACUUGGAAUUAAAACAAAUGAGUUUUUGUCGUGGCCAUAAUCAAGACAAAAAACCUCAUGAUAAAAAGAUUUCAUGUCACUGUAUCAGAACAAGUGAUCUCAUAUGUGAUACAAAACGAAAUCUAGAUUUAUGCCAAUCAAUCGACAAUAAUGAUAACGAUGAAAAUUGGAUUAUACCAAUAACAAUACUCAAUAGUCAAUCAGAUUGUUUGUUGACUAAAUUUUUAAUUACUAAAAAUCAAGAAAUUAUACAUAUUAAUACAAAUUCAUCUUUACAAACAGAAGAGCAAAGUAUUGAUAAUGAACCAGCAACAAAAAAACGUCGAUCUUCAUCGUUAACAUCGAAUUGGCUUAAAUUAAAUGUAUGCUCAGGUGGACCCUAUCGAGUUUUAUAUUCUUCGGAUAUGUUAGAACAGUUAACACAAGCGAUUGUAAAACAAGAAUUAAACACAUUCGAUAGAUUUAAUUUAGAAAAUGAUAUGUAUGCAUUAGCUAUGGGCGGCUUUACAUCUUUAGUUGAUUAUUUACGUUUACUUUUAAAUGCUUAUGUGAACGAAUUAGAUGAUGAACUCGUUUGGAAAGAUAUUGAAAGUAAUAUAAUACGAAUCGGAACAUUGCUGGAGUAUGAUAAACAAUUAUUUGAUUUUUAUCGACAAUUUGUAAUUUAUUUUCAUCAAAAUUUAUAUCAAAGACUUGGUUUAACAUCUAAUGCUAAUAAUGAAUUGGAAUCAGUUGCACGCGGUCGUUUAAGAUGUUUCUUAUUAGUUAUUUUAGGUACUAUUGGCCAUGAUCCAACAAUUAUAUCCAAUGCACGCGAACGAUUACUGAUAUAUUUAAAUGAUCCAUCAACAACUGUUCUUUGGCCAAUAUGUGCAAUAGUUGCUCAUCAUGCUUCUGACUCCGAUUUAAAUAAUUUAUUUAAAUUAUGGGAACAAUGUCCACGUCGUGACGAUCGUCUUCGUUGUGCGUACGGUCUGUCAUAUAUUCAAGAGCCAUCUCAAAUCGAACGUGUAUUAAAUUUAUUCUCAACAAAUAAUUCAACAAAUACUAACAAUACUAAUAAUAGUGGUAAUUCAAUACGUUUACAUGAACGUAUUGAAUGUUACAAAGGAUUUUGUUUAAGUAAACAAGGCCGAUAUUAUUAUCAAAGAUAUAUUGAAGAUAAUUGGUUAUCAUUAAGAACAAGUUAUAAUGAUGAAUAUCUUGAAGCACUUGUUCGUGAAACAUUCGGCUAUUUUUCAACGAAAGAUGAAGCAAUACGUAUCGAAGAUUUCUUUCUUUCAUAUGAAACAUUUCAUCAAAAAUAUAAAAUGAAUCUAAAAGAAACGCCAGCAACACCUUGUACUCGUAUAGCUGUGCACUUAUGUUUGGAUGAUAAUGAAUUAUUAUCAAUGAAUAAAAAUAGUUUAUCAUCGCCUAUACAUCAUCACCGUUCAAUUGUUCCCAACAAAGUCAAAGAAGUAGCGUCUAUUAUUGCUCAUACAACUCGUACUCGUGCUGCUUUACUUGAACGUGAUCGUGAUGAUUUAUUUGCAUUUUUUCAGUCGAAUUCUUUUCCAAUAUUAUCUUUAUCUUCAAAUGCAUCGAGUCAGAUUUCUUCCGUUAGUACAACACAGGUAUUACCAUCAUGUUCAUUAACAUUGACAACAAGUGGAAAUAAACGAAAACGACCAGUUUCUUCAUUGAAUGCUAGUAAUUCGUCUCCACCUGUACGCAAUUUAUUAGCAUCGGAUACGAUUGCUUGA